GUCAUCACCAACAUGAGCAUAUCGAAAUGUCUUUGUAGGGCAAGGUCUCAUCUGGUGUGGAUCAAAAUGACAAUUUGACCACGUCUUACGUGAUGCCUCCUGCGACGAUACUACCAGCCUCCUGCGGUCCUGAUAACGUCACCACUAAAAAGCUCACUUGGUACAACGCCGUGCAGCCAUGUCCGACACUUUUGGCAGUAUCAUCAACGGCGCUGCGGGCACUGCGCAGGGUAGGGAGGGAACGACAGUCCAGACAUUCGUCAUCUCACUUGCUGCUGGUUUCGUCCUGUUUGCCGUACAGUUCGGAACAUUCCUGAUUGUACGGAACUACCUUUGGGCAAAACGGAUAUACCAGCCAAGAUCCUUCUUGAUCCCGUCCAAGGACAGAGUCAAACCACCACCCAACAAUCCUCUCAGAUGGCUCUGGCUGUUGUUGAAGACCCCGAGCGACCUAGUCUUGCGUAAAGCAGGCAUGGAUGCCUAUUUCUUUCUCCGAUAUCUGGCAAUGUGUCUGAAGAUGUUCUGUCCUAUGGCUCUCAUCAUCCUACCAAUCCUGAUCCCGAUCAAUUAUGUUGAUGGAAAAGGCACCAACACCAUAGGCGCGACUAGGUACAACGUCACUGGCCUGGAUACACUUGCUUGGUCUAACGUGGCACCGCAGCACACCAGACGCUAUUGGGCGCAUCUGGUCUUAGCGGUCGGUGCCAUAAUCUGGGUCUGUUAUUUGUUUCAUCACGAGUUGCUGCAUUAUGUCUGGAAGAGGCAAGAGCAUCUCAGAAGUCGACGCCAUCGACUAAAAGCUUCGAGCACGACAGUCCUCAUCAUGGACAUACCCAAGGAUUUGUGCACAACUGAAGCACUGAUGCAACUCUACGACGAUUUUCCUGGCGGGGUACGAAGGAUAUGGCUGAAUCGGAAUCUUGAGUCACUCGCCAACAAGGACAAAUUGUGGAGGGAGUACGAGGAUCGUCUCGAGAAAGCCGAGACCGAUCUGAUUCGGAGAGUGGUCAGGCAACAUCGGAAGGGAAAAGGAAUCGACGACGUGAACUCAAACGAGAUGUCGAUACUUAUCGAGGGUGCGACAGCCUCAAGGCAUACUGGCAGCGAACCUCACGCCGAUGAGGAAACAACUGAAUGUACGACGCAGGCAGCUUGCGAACGUGAUCUUCAACAUGACCUGACGACAAAAGCUCUUUGGACCAAGUUUAUGACGCCCAAGCAACGGGCAACUAUGCGAAUACCUCGGCUCAAUUACGCAAAGACAUGCAAACUUCCCUUGGUCGGUCGCUUCUUCUCGCUCAAGGUAGACACUAUCUAUUACUGUCGGCGGGAACUUGCGCGGCUGAAUCGGGAGAUUGAGGCAGAUAUCGAAGAAGCGGAUCAUUGCCCACAGAACGGAUCGGCCUUCAUCCAGUUUAAUACUCAGAAGGCGGCACAUAUGGCAUGUCAGACGGUUGCCAAUACAAUGCCGGGGCGCAUGGCUCCACGAACGGUUGAGAUGUCACCAGCAGACAUCAAUUGGUCGGCGCUAAACUACACCCGGCGGAACAGAGCUAUACGACUUAUCAUCUUCGUAGUACUGUUCAUUGUACUGGUGUUCGUCUUCGGUUUGAUAUCCUUCUUUACUGGGUUACUCUCGAGAGUGUCAACACUAGCCGGCUCAACUUCGUGGCUGCACUGGAUAGGCACGCUGCCUCGCUGGCUCUUGUCUUUCGUACAAGGUACUCUCCCUCCGGUCAUCCUCGUCAUUCUUUUGAGCGGCCCAACGCCGAUUGUCCUUCGAGCGUUGACAAACAGCACCCGUGGGGCUACAACGGGCUCUCGAGGCGAGCGCUCCCUCCAGCUCUGGUACUUUAUUCUUCUCCUCUUCGAGGUCUUUAUUAUACCAACCAUCUCAUCCGGACUCACUAGCAUUGUGCAGGAACUCAUACACAACACAGCGUCUGUUCCGGAAAUCCUGGCCACAAACCUACCGACUGCUGCGAAUUACUACUUUUCAUUCUUGAUCCUUCAAGCCCUAUCAAUAAGCUCGAGCUCAAUCUUGCAGACAAUCCGUCUGCUGAACUUCUACGUCUUCUCCAAGGUCAAUAGCCCUGAUGAUGUCUUCGGCAAAUUGAGCUUCACCUGGAGAACUCGAAUCGGAUCGAACAUUCCGUGGUAUACGACGUUCGCCGUUAUUGGGCUCGUCUACUCAGUCAUCGCACCGCUUAUGUUGAUUUUCAUGUUGCUGACGUUCAGCCUCUUCUAUGUCGUUAUCAAGAACAACAUCCUCUAUGUCAUUCGUACGGGGGAUGUUGAUAGCGGUGGAUUAUGGUUCCCAAGUGCAAUCAAUCAGACUUUCACAGGCCUGUACUUCAUGGAGGUCUGCCUGAUCGGCUUGUUUUUCCUGGUCCGCGAUACACACAAUAAGGUUGCGUGUGAGGCUCAGGGCAUCAUCAUGUCCAUCGUCUUCGUGCUCACGAUGAUGUAUCAGAUCUGGCUGGCAAUUCACUUCAAUGGACUCUGUAGGUACGCUCCUCUACAGCUGACGGGCGAGACGUUAUUAUGUGACAAAGACCAAGCACCGACUCGGAGUUCGAACGUGGAGUACACCGGACUGGCGAGCGGCGAGACGGCGGCAGAGAAGGAGAAAGUACUCGAAAUCGCAGGGAAGAUUUAUGCCCCUCGGGAACAGACCGAGCAAACCGAACAAGCUUCACGAUCCCUUUCGCUCGCCGAAAAGCAGCGACGUUCUUCUUUACAAUCACUGAGCACGGCACACCUGUCUCGCCGCGGAACAGACAUGGAAGCGCAAAAGGAGCACGACAAGCAUCAGGCCAAGCGCAUCCUAGAGCGCUUGCAUCGACCUCUCGACGAAGCCCAGCUUGCAAAGCUCGAGUCAGACCUCUCCAGAGCCGAGGCAUAUGUCAGCAAUAGCCUUAUCCCACGCAAACGCGAAGUCACGGCACUGAUGAUGAAUGAUCCCAUCAGCAGAAUCAUUAUGCAGCACAAUGACGACUUGGAGGCCCUCACCGCCGAGGAACGGGAUAUGUUGGUUAGUGUUGCGUUCACGCAUCCCGUGCUGCGACACCCGAAGCCGAGCGUGUGGAUUCCGAGAGACGAUGUCGGGGUCAGUGAUGAUGAAGUUAGGAGGACGAGAGCGUUGAGUCGGCACAUUACGAUUGGUAAUAGGGGAGCCUUCUUUAACAGGAGGUUGAAAGUGGAGAUUGAUAAGCCGCCACCAGAUAUGAGUGAGUUUGCGCUGGUGAUGGCAGAGUUGUGAGCUGCCUGUCCAUCGGAAAGCAUUGUGAAUGGUCUGGAACUUGGAUUUUGUUGCAACAACCCAGUACGUUAUGUUACCACCUAGAGCGAUUGCGGGAUGGAAGCGAUACAUAGACCAUAGCAAGAGUGACUUGUUCUCCAUACCGAUUGGGCGAGUUCAACGACGACAAGAGUUCGAGCAGUGGAUGCAAGUCAAACGGUUGAGUCA